UGAUGCUCAAUAGCCAAGUGUUGCUGGCCGUCUGCCCACAACUGGGGUGACGCUUGUGAAAUGGAAUGCAGUGUGGUGCACAAUUCAUGCACGAGCAGCUUGGGCCAGGCCAGCCCUUCGCGAAGGAACGCUUCUUCGGUGGUUGCAUUGUGGCAUUCGUCGUUCUGGGCAAUUUUCCCGCCGAAGAGGGCAUUGGCAUAGUUGUCUAUUUUAUCCAGGAAUUCGUAUACCACAAGGACUAUGGCUUCCCCCACUUCCAUCCAGUCAAUGGAGGAGAUAGUCUGAUUCCUGGUUCAGGUGUUCGUGGUGUAGGUGUUGCAUCGCUUGGUUGUGUUGCACUAGGUGUUGCACUUGAUGUUGCAUCUGGUGUUGCUGGUGUUGUUGCAGUUGUUGCUCCGCUUGGGAGUGCUGCGGUUGCUGUUGGCAGUGGUGCUGAGGGAGCUGCUAAGCCGUAUCCCUGGGCAGCAGGCAAUGCUGGUGAGGGUCGUUCUGCUGCGCCUGCUGCUCUGGGUAAUGGACCAGUGGCGAUCGGGUGUGGAGCUGUUGAUCCUGCUGUGCCAGUUGCAACCCCAUGUGCUGCAGCCCUUCGUGUUCUUCUUCAAGUGUUUCAUUGCAAUUCUGGUGAGGGGAUGGUGAGAGCUGUUUUGGAAGUGAACACGGACACGAACCCCGAAUUCCCGGAAGAAUGGGAAUUCUGCAUAGGGGAGGAAGCAUCCUCGGUCACUGUCUCGACGAAGGAUGCCCCCAUUUGCUUCAGAUGCAGGGAGAGAGGACACCUGGGCACCGACCCAGCGUGCCCGAGAUCCCCCGAACACUCCAAAGAGAAAAAACUGAGACAGAACAUGCGGGUGGAAGUUGAAGAGGCAAAGGGAAUCUGGUUCGUUAACGACCAGGACUACAAUGGAUGGGUCUUCGACGACACCAUCGACGACCCGAAAUGGAUCUGGACAUACAAUACGAACCCGUCAACCAAACAGCCAGACAUUUUCCCUCCCUCAGACAGCAGGUGGCAUGCAGUAGGAGCAAAGAAAGUGACAGGUAUUCCAGGCAAAAUCCACAAAGAUCAGAUCAUCGACCCGCGGGCAAUCAGAGAAGAAAAAAAACAUAAAGAUCUGUUGUGGGAUAUGGAGACAAUCAGAACCGAAACAGCAGAAGCGUGCCAGAACACCAACCUGGACAACAACACCCUGAUGCUGGAAGCGAAACAGACCCUGGAACACUGCCACCCCAAAUCGGAGACCCCCCCCGCACACAAGCGGACCGCCUCCCCAUCCACCAAAAACUCCCAAGAGGACAGGGCAGGGAAGAAGAGAAGGGCGACAGAGGAGGGCUCAGGCAAGACUCCCGGAUCUGAGCACCCUCCAACUGUCGAGACACCCCCGGGGACGGACCCGAACUCACCUGCGCUAACGGAUACAGGGAUGGACACCUCUUACAGCAACGCGAACAUCAUCCCCUGGCUUGAAGAGUACCUGCAGAAAGCAAAAUAUGAAAGGGAGAAGGAGUUCGACAUUAGGCUGGCAUGCAUGAAGCACCUGGAGAAGACAGAUCUGCCAGCCACUGGAAAAACAGUGGCCGGGAUUCCACAGUCCAAGAACCUUUUCGACCUGUUGAGAAUGAAAUCUGAACUUUCAGAGUUCAGCGCAGCCCUGGCUAAGAACAUCAGGGACAAUAUCUCAGCGGAGACUUUGCUGGGCGUGUACGGGGUCCCACCACGAGAGCAGCCAGCCGAAGGAGACAAGUUGGGGGAUCCGAUAUUUACCCGCUUCGACCCCAUCUUAGUCAAGCUCGAUGAGCGGGCAAAACUCAGCGAAAGCUUGACCUGGAGGGCAUGGGAUACAAUCACAAUGAUGCCGUACAGCGUGUUGAACGGGAGGUUCAGCACGACCGACAUCAUUGUAGACUCGCUGGCAGAGAUCAUCAGGACCCGCCUAUUGACCUCUAGGACCUCGCUGCAGGACAAGGCAACCCCCAUCGACGUGGACAUGCGAAGGGAAGACUCCGACAUGGAGGACGAGGAGGACGGUGAGAGGGAGGAGGAAGACAAAAUCUCCCCAGGGGGAGACGACGUUGUGCAGCCAACGACGUCGGGGAGCAGCGCUGGCGAGUAUGGACUGAGCUCCUAAGCAGCAAGCGGAGACAGCAGGGACUCCGACACCGACAGCAGCAAGACCCAGGCAGUUGUGGACUGAAUCAACAGACCAUAACAUA